CAAUGCUUUCGUUCCUGCGGCCAUUGGGCCUGCCGCGACCAGCCACAGUGCGACACUUUCUACGAUUCUCCACGCGCACAACAUGUCGUGAAGAAGCAUCUACACCCUCCACUUACACUCCCAUACGCGAAGAUGCCAAUCUCACGGCCUCCCGUACAGCAGACCCAGCCUACCCUCCUCGCUCUAUGCGCUCGAUUCCCCGGCCCAAAGAAAGCAGAGCCUCCCGCCGAACCGGGCAUCCCACCAAAGAGCGCCACUACCCAACACGGAGACUCUCUCACUCUCAACCCGCUCUUCCCAAACUCAUCCCCGAUCCUGUAACUCCACGACCAGAAACAGAAAGUGCGCCAAAUCUCCCUUACUUCGUCAGCCGAAGUAGCAUGAACAAUCUGCCGAUAUAUUUGCUGCGCAAGAGAGGAGGGAAUUUGAAAGUGACGAGGAUCAAGAACAUCGAUGGCGAUAGAAUGAUCUUAAAGGGGGAAUUGUGUCGGGAAUUGGGAGUGAAGAAGGAUGAUGUUGCGAUCAAUUCGGUGACGGGACAUAUUAAUGUCAAAGGGCAUUGGAAGACAAAGGUCGAAACUUUUCUGAGAGAGAGGAGAUUUUGAAUGGAUAUGCAGUGUGGAAAUUUGAUCAAUGCAAAUGAGCGCGAGCGCUGCUCUGCCCAACAACUCGCUGAGAUGCGGGGCAUUGUGCCUCGUCCCUAGGGAAGCGAAAGCAUUAGAAUUAUGAUAUGGUAUGUAUUAUAGGUCAAUGCCAGACCACUGAUGUACAGCAGUCGGAACGAGCAUAGCAUGUCCGGAAUUUGGAUACUUUGAACUGGCGACAUGACACACCAAAGGAUGGCAGAUGAGAGCUACAGCGAGUACUUAUACAUGAUUUUG